AUUUCUUGAUCCUUUUGGGUGUCCAUCUAUUUACCUUACAGGGUCAGAUAUGAUGGAAGGAGUUGAGUGUGCUGUUGGCAAUGUGUAUGCUACAGACCAGCUAGCUGUCACGUAUCUUGGCAGAAAGGACAAAGUCCGUCUAGUGUUGAAUGGAAAAGGUAUCUUUGCAAAUGUUUUGGGAAAUCUCAAAGAAAGACUUGAGUUCAGUCUAAAACUGGUAAUGCUCCUGGCACUGAGGUAUGCCAUUGCUGGGCAGAUGAAAGCCAUUGAAUGCCUCUUGCAAGACAGUGAAGAAAGACUCUUUAAUGGUUCUCCAGUGGUGGAUGUAGUCAGCACCGUGGAGCAAAAAGGACAAAGCAAAACAACGGUUAAAGGACAAGCUUCUCUGAGUUUAAACUCCACCCAUAAGAUCAAACCAGAUUUCUCCUUGGUAAUCCAUGGUGGGGCAGGAGAGGAAAUGAUGCUGAAUCAGAAGGUGACUGAAGUCAUUGAGUUUGCCCUUCAAACAGCUCUAACUCUUGGAGCACAAGUGCUUAUCCACGGAGGUAGUAGUCUGGAGGCAGUACAAAAAAGUGUGGUUGCAUUGGAAGACUGUUUCUUGUUCAAUGCUGGCAAGGGGUCAGUGUAUAACAGGGAUGGAGAGCAUGAAAUGGAGGCCACUGUUGUGGAUGGACAUGGGAAGAACUCUGGAUCAGUGGCUUGUCUGCGUAAAGUAAAAAACCCAAUAAAAGCUGCCCGUUGUGUAAUGGAAAAAAGUGUGCACUCUUUAUUGACAGGAAAAGGUGCAGAGGAGUUUUUGGACAGUCUUGGAGAAAAAGAAACAGGAAUGAAAUCCGAGUACUUUGACACCGAUGUAAGAUACAAGGAAUUAAUGAUUAAGUCAGGUGGUAGCAAAAAUAACCAUCCUCAAACAGUUGGUGCAGUUGCAAUGGAUAAGUGGGGCAAGUUAGCAGCAGCCACAUCCACUGGAGGUUUAGUUGGCAAAUGGAAAGGCAGAGUCGGUGACACAGCUAUAGUCGGGGCGGGCGUAUAUGCUGAUAAGAAACUUGCAGUGACAUGCUCUGGUGAUGGCGAUGCCUUUUUACGUAAAACAGUUGCUCACAAAGUAGCCAGUUUAUACAACCUUAAGGGUUACAGUCUCAGACAGGCUUGUCAGGAAGUAAUCCAUGACGAUCUGGAAGGAAAGUGUGCUGGAAUUAUUGCUGUAGACCAUGACGGAGAAACUGUUAUUGAAACUAACGCAGCCGUGAUGUUUGUCGCUUCAGUCGUCAAUGGCAUUCGUCGAACCGAAGUUUUACGACCUAUGAAGAGCUUUUCAAAUGUGAUUUGGGAAACUGAUGAAUUGGUAGCUUAUUUACAGUCUAAUCCUUGGACCCAAGGAGCUACUGUUCUCACUCGAAAGACCCUAAAUGGACCCAGUAGCAUCUUUCAGUUAGCACUACCUGACUAUGUAUCAAUGCUGCAGGGGGCACGGACGAUUGCUAAUCUCCUUUGUAAGAAACUUGGUGUGCACCGCUGUGCACUUGUGUCCAUGCCAGAACUUGAUAAACCCGCUUACAUUAAGAUCUUACCUCUCCAUGGACUAGAACCUAACUGGAAACCUCACUUAGCUGUGGAAACUGAGUUCAAUGCUUACGACCCUGGUUACUGUAGCUCCAAAAGUGGUCCAUGUUGUGAAGAUACCAUUCUUGACCAAAUGCAGGCGAAAAUCUGCUCACACCUCCCUACGCCCAAUGCCCCUUUUAGCUUUGAUUUUCAUGGAGAGCUUCCAGAUACUGGCCUAUUCCCACGCAUAAUUCGUGGUGAGGAAAAACAUUGGCGUAUCUGGGAAGACAACAAACAUGUAGCAUUUCUUACUCCAUUUCCAAAUGCACCAGGCUUUACAGUUCUAGUGCCACGAAAACCACUGAGCAGUGACAUAUUCCGUUUGGAUGAGAGUGACUACAUAGCGCUAAUUGUGGCUGCACGGAGGGUUUCUCACCUUUUGCAAGAGGGUAUAAAUGCCCAUGGUGUAGCUCUCAUAUUUGAAGGACUGGAAAUCGACUAUGCCCAUGCUAAACUAAUUCCAUUAGUUUCUCAGCCUAAUGGCAUAAAGCCCCAAGCUGUGGCUCCUCAGUUCUGCCAGACUUACACUGGAUAUGUAACAUCUGUAGAUGGUCCCCCAAUCAGCCCAGAGGAUCUUACGGAGAUCCACAAUAAGAUCACAAAAAGCACACCGCCUCACUCCUGGGAAAACCCCUUGACCCAUGCUACAUCAGCCAUCAAGAGCAAAUGGUACCGCAAUCUCUUUAAAAUCCAAAACACCCUUUUUCACAGCACCGUAGAGUACUUCCACAACAAAUGCAAGUAUUCAUAUGCAUUGACGCCAGUCACCACAGACACAGUUUCCUCUCCAAUGGGCCUGGGCUCAGAUUCAGAGCCUGUGUUUGUCAGCAUGCUGGGCCAAGAUGUAUAUCUGGCUGACUCCAUGCAAUUUGUAUUGGAGUACUUUUUGAGAUUUCAGGAUGGUCUUCCUGGGGCUUACUAUGUGUCCCCCAGUUUCAGAGGGGAGGAUCCUGAUGCUACGCAUGUUAACCAGUUCUACCAUGUCGAGUGUGAGCUACUUGGUGACAUGGAUGCUGCCAUAAGCAUAGCUGAAGGCUAUGUUGCCCAUUUGACAAAGGCAAUGCUGAAGGAACAUUCAAACCUUAUAUUAAAUACAGCUGGUACUCUAUCCCAUGUCCAUAAACUACUAAAAAGUUUAAAAGAACCUCUUCCACAAAUAACCCUGGACCAAGCCAUUGAAAUAAUGCCUUCUACUGAUUGCCUUGAAUGGGUUCAAGAAGGACAACCUCAUUUUGGCAGAAAAUUAACACGUAAAGGAGAAAAGGUUUUAAUCGAGAAGUAUGAUGGUGCUGUUUGGCUGACAGAAAUGGACCAUCUUGGAGUGCCCUUUUACCAAGCAUAUGUUGAAGGUUCAGGGAGGAGCAAAGCCAAGGCAGCAGACCUACUCUUUGGAUUAGGAGAGACAGUAGGGCUUGGGGAACGUCACUCCUUACCUGAAAUGGUAAGAGAAGCCUUACAACACCAUGCCGUACCAGAAGAUUCAUACAAGUGGUACAUCAACAUGCGUGAAGUUAUCCCUCUUUCUACAAGUGGAUGGGGUAUGGGCACAGAAAGAUACCUAUGCUGGCUUCUCCAGCACAAUGAUGUCAGAGACAUGCAAAUUAUACCCAGACUAAAGGCAAAAAAGUACAUGCCUUAAAACAGUGUUUCCCAACCAGGGGGUCGGGGUCCAUAGCAUUAAAAUAAGCUAAAACAAGUAAAAAUCAAGAUGUUUCUUAUUUUAGAAGUGAAUAUACAUCUGUCUAGUCAUUCCAAGUUCUAUUUAAUUUUAUGUGAAAAAAACUGAGUGAGUGGGGGCCUUGAAGUGAUAAAGGUUGGGAACCACUAUGUCUUUGCCAAACUCAGAAUAAGGUCUUGUUAUUAAAAUAGAUUAGUAAUAGAUUGACAUACCCAGUAUUAAUGGAAAAUAUGGUCUUUAUUUUCAGCAAACAUUUGUAAAUAUCAGCUUUGAUAUGUGGCUAAUAAAACAAAACUACACAAAAUCUCAGAUGGCUGAUUUUUUAUUAUUAUAAAUUAUAUUAUUAUAAUAAAUUAUAAUAUUUUAAAAUCCAUUCAGCUGAUCUCCGGGUCUGGCGCUACCACUUUUAGCAUAGCUUAGCAUAAUCCAUUGAAUCUGAUUAGACCAUUAGCAUCACGCUCAAAAAUAACCAAAGAGUUUCAAUAUUUUUUCUAUUUAAAACUUGACUCUCCUGUAGUUACAUUGUGUACGAAGACUGACAGAAAAUUAAAAUUUGUGAUUUUCUAGGCCGAUAUGGCUAGGAACUAUACUCUCAUUCUGGCGUAAUAAUCAAGGACUUUGCUGCCGUAACAUGGUUGCAGUAGGCGCAACGAUAAGCAGCGCCUGAAAAUAGUACCGUUGGUAACAUUCAAUAACCAAGUGGUACAGCCAGACCCGGAGAUCGGCUAUAUGGAUUCCAAAACGGUAAAUAUCAAAUGUUUAACUCUAGAGGAGCUGGAAAAUGAGCCUAUUUUCAAAAAAAGUGGAGUGUCGCUUUAACAUUUCAUCUUAAAAUAUAUACUGUUAGCUAGUUUGCAUAUAUAUAAUAAUGAAUGUCGUGUAAAACUCUUGAAAAUGUAUCAAUAAAAUGCUGAUAAUUUUUCUUUUAAUGUUUUAUGAUAAA